AUGAAGGAUCUUGGUACCCUCAAUUAUUUCUUGGGUCUUGAAAUCUCUCAUGAUUCAUCUGGCUAUUUUCUCUCUCAGGCCAAAUAUGCUUCAAAUCUUCUCACUCGAGCUGCACUUACUGAUUGCAAAACUGUUUCUACUCUGAUUGAUCCUCAGACUCGUCUUACUCCUCUUGAUGGCACUCUUCUUCCUGAUGCUACCCUUUACCAGCAGUUAGUGGGCAGUCUUAUCUAUCUUACAGUUACUCGACCUAAUCUUUCAUAUGUUGUCCACAUUGUCAGUCAGUAUAUGUCAGCUCCUCACACACCUCAUUAUGAUGCCCUGCUUCACAUUUUUCGCUAUCUCAAGGGCACUUUAUUUCAUGGUCUUCACUAUUCCUCUCUAUCUUCUCUUAAGCCUCAUGCUUAUUCUGAUGUUGAUUGGGCUGGGAAUCCCACUAAUCGUCGCUCCACUACUGGCUUUUGCUUCUUCCUAGGAGAUUCACUUAUUUCUUUGCGUAGCAAGAAAUAG